AUGCAGGGGAGGCGAUGUGCAUUCCAGGUAAAGCCACAAUUCAAUGUGUUUAGGAGGAAUGGCCCGGUGAACGGGUCUGUGCAGCAUUGUAACAGCACCGAUUGUUGUGCUGGGAUUUUCAGACUCAUCAACGGCACGCCUGAGAUAGACUUCCUCGCAUGUAAUUCGAUUGAAACGUCCUGCCCAGAUACUAGAGACUGCAAGGCAUAUGUGCACCAUCAAAAAAAUUUACUGAAGUGUGAAUGCAAAGGUGACCUUUGCAAUGGCAACAUCAGUUGGCCAAACUUCGACACGCCUGCGUCCACUGAGCCUCCGACUGUCCCUUCAGCUCUGGUAAAGGUGUCUUUAGUUACCACCCACAUAGGAACAUUUUUGAUCCUGUGUAUCCUGAUUGUUGCUAUCAAGUGGAGACAUUGCUUCCGGAGGAAAAAUGAGCAAUCGCAAGCAUCUUUUCAGGACAAUCUUCUCACACCACUGUGUUCCUGCCAUGUGCAAGAAACACCCAAGAUUGACUGCACCAACAUUGAACUGCAGCGGAUUGUUGGCAGCGGCCACUUUGCCACAGUGUGGCAAGGGAGCUAUCAGGGUUCUGUGGUGGCAGUGAAGAUUUUCCCUGCAGACUGUGAACAUGAGUUCACCCGGGAGAAGGAGGUUUAUGAACUGCCGCUUAUGAGGCACGCUAGGAUUGUCCCCUUCUUGGGUGCAGGGAGAAACUUGGUUGGCCAGUGGUUGCUGGUUCUGGAGUUUGCUGCAUGUGGUUCCCUUGACUCUUUCCUGUGCAAGGAGACAAGUGAUUUCAUAUCAUCAAUGAAGCUGUCCCUAACCCUAGCACAAGGAUUAGCCUACCUUCACUCCGACAUUCACAGAUAUGGUAUGCACAAACCAGCGUUGGCCCAUAGAGACCUCAGCAGUUACAAUGUGCUGGUUAGGCCAGAUGGCACCUGUUUCCUGAGUGACUUUGGUUCUGCCACCAUCCUGCGGUCAUGUCAUGAACAUCAUGGUUGGCAGUGUGGCUUAGGAAAAAUGCAGGGUCAUGCCCAGGUGGGCACACCACGUUAUAUGUCCCCUGAAAUCCUUGAAGGCUCUGUGAACCUUCGCAGUGGCUCCUGCCUUUUGCAGGGGGACAUCUAUGCCUUAGGGCUGCUGCUCUGGGAGAUCUGGAUGCGCUGCUCGGAUCUGUUUGAAAGCAGGCUGGUGCCACGACAUUGCUUGCCUUAUGAAACUGAACUGGGAGAAAAUAUUUCAAUGGAGAGCCUCAUUCUGUAUGUUUCUAACAUGGACAAGAGGCCUUCCAUGCCAAAACACUGGGACCAGAAACCCCAGGGACCUGCCCUGCAGGAGCUAGUGGUGGAGUGUUGGGAUCAUGACCCAGAAGCCAGGCUGACGGCUCAAUGUAUUGUAGACCGAUUACUCUCUCUCCAGUAA